UGUUACUAUUUCCAAGGUUUAAGGGCAACGAGCACGUCUGGUGAACAGGGCAGAGUCCCAUAUCAUCAGGCAAACCAGUAGAAACUGGAUCAGCAGCACAACAAGAAAUCAACAGGAGAGAUCAGAGUCAGAGAUUCUCAGUGGUCAGUCUUCCCAGAGUCAUCAAACAGACCUGGCCUCCAUAUUCAGUUUGCUUGAAGAGAAUAUUAUGACAUUUGUGAAGAACGAGCUGAAGAUGUUCAAGAGGAUUCUUAGUCCAGAACUCCCAGAAGGCUUUGAGAGUCAGAAGCAGGAUAAGGAAGUGGUGGAUGCUGAAGAUGAGAAGCAGGAGAGCAGUGCCAGAGAGGGGGCUCUGAAGAUCACACUGCACAUCCUGAGGAAAAUGAACCAGAAGGAGCUUGCUGACACACUGGAGAAAUAUGAGCUCGCUGUGAUUUGCCAACGUGAACUCAAAUCUAAUCUAAAGAAGAAGUUUCAAUGUGUAUUUGAGGGGAUCGCUAAACAAGGAAACCCAACACUUCUCAAUAAGAUCUACACAGAGCUCUACAUCACAGAGGGUGGAACAGGAGAGGUCAAUAAUGAACAUGAGCUGAGACAGAUUGAGACAACAACCAGGAAACAAGCAAGACCAGAGACUGCAAUCAAAUGUAACGACAUCUUCAAACCCUUAACUGGACAAGACAAACUUAUCAGAACUGUGCUGACAAAGGGAGUCGCUGGCAUUGGAAAAACAGUCUCUGUGCAGAAGUUCAUUCUGGACUGGGCUGAAGGAAAAGCAAACCAGGAUGUCCAAUUUGUAUUUUCAUUCCCUUUUCGGGAGCUGAAUUUGAUGAAAGAGGACAAACACACUUUCAUUGAACUUCUUAAUCACUUCUCAAUGGAAACCAAACAAUCAAGAAUCUCCAACUACAACAAGUACAAAGUUCUGUUCAUCUUUGAUGGUCUGGAUGAGUGCCGACUGCCCCUAGACUUCCAGAAGAACAAGAUCUGUUGGGACGUCACAGAGUCAACCUCAGUGGAUGUUCUGCUGACAAAUCUCAUCAGGGAAAUCUGCUUCCCUCUGCUCUCCUCUGGAUAACUACCCGACCUGCAG